CAGUCACUAGAAGUCGUAAUAAAAAACAAUUUUGACUCGCUGGUUCCCCUAUAACUUAACCCAUUUUCAAAUCGAGUUUGUCUAUAGAUAGAAACUAAUUGUUCCACGUAGGCACGUGAGCAGUUUGUCUCAGGAAGGAUGACCUCCAAGGACUCAAACUACCCAAAUGAAGGAGACAGUGGAAAGCAAAUUACAUGCCUCCUUGUAGGAGCUGGAAGUCGUGGCCAUAACUAUUCUUCUUACGCUAUUGAAUUUCCAAAGGAAUUCAAGGUGGUGGGAGUAGUAGAGCCACGGGAGUUCUUCAGAAACAGAGAAAAGAAAGAACACAGCAUUAAAGAUGAUCUUGUUUUUGAAGAUUGGCCAGAAGCAGCAGCUAGGGACAAAUUUGCUGACUGUGUCAUCAUUGCCACACCUGACAGAAAGCAUAAGGACCCUGCUGUAGCAUUUGCCAAGAAAGGUUAUCAUAUCCUGCUUGAAAAGCCAAUGGCUGUGAUGGAAGACGACUGUCGUGAGAUUGUAUCUGUAUGUAAGCAGAACAGAGUCCUGCUGGCUGUGUGCCAUGUCCUUCGCUAUGCUUCAUGGGCUCAGAAGAUUAAAGAGAUUAUUGAGAGUGGAGAGAUUGGAGAGGUGGUCAACAUCCAGCAUACAGAACCAGUGGGCUUCUGGCACUUUGCUCACUCCUAUGUACGAGGCAACUGGCACAACGAAGCUACCAGCUCAAAUGCUCUUCUUGCCAAAUGUUGCCAUGAUGUUGAUCUCAUUGCUUACUGGAUGUCACCUCACAAAUGCAUCCGUGUUUCUUCAUUUGGACACCUUUCACAUUUUCGAAAAGAAGACAAGCCAGAUGGAGCAGGUUCACGAUGUCUGGAUUGUGGAAUUGAAACAAGAUGUCCUUAUUCUGCAAAGAAACUUUACAUUGACCGUGUAAAAUUGGGGCUCACAGGCUGGCCUGUUUCAGUGGUUGCUGAAGUUCCAGACAUAGAGAGUGUGACAGAUGCGCUUAGACAUGGUCCGUAUGGGUGCUGUGUGUAUCAGAGUGACAAUGACGUCAUGUCACAUCAGGUGACAAAUUUUCAGUUUGAAAAUGGUGCCACUUGUAGCCUUUCUAUGGUGGCUUUCACUAGCCGACUAUGUGCACGAGAGGUAAAAGUUUAUGGAACAAAGGGAGAAAUAAUAUGUGAUGCCUCACACAGUCCCAAGGUGGAGGUCUUUGAUUUUCUGACACAGAAAAGCAGACAGAUUAAUUGUUCUGAUGAUGUUGCACCUGGAAGACUUAAAGGUCACGGAAAUGCAGAUUACCUCCUUAUGCAAGCAUUUGUUCAAGCACUUAGGACUGGAAGACAAGACCUGGUGGUGACGGGUGCAGAAGAUACUCUUGCCAGCCACCUUUUGGUGUUUGCUGCUGAAAAAGCACGUAAAGAGAACAGAGUGGUGGAUAUUCAAGCUAACUGUACAUUUUGACUAUGAAAUCUUAAUGUAUAUUAGUUAAGAGUGCCGAUUGUACAAAUAUUGUGUACAUUCCAAUACUUUCUUUUAAUUUGCCUUGAAAACAUCCAUUAUCUAAUCAGUAACUGCUUCAUAAAGAGAAAAAAUUUCAGCAAACAUCUGUAACUGCAUUUAUCCCCUUCAUCCAGUUAUAAUAAAAGGUGGGUAUUGUG